UACUAUUAGCGUAUACGUGUAGGGCUUAUGGAUCCGGUUGAAUGUUGAUUUGUUUACUAUUUUUUUUUUUUUUAUAUAUAAGUUGUAUAACCAGAAAACUAACACGAUAUAUUUACAUUUAUAGUCUUUUGUAUUACUAUUAUGAAUAAUUCAGUAUUUUAAAAGGCUUACCAGUUACCUACAAUUUACAAACCACUUACCAGAGUUGUACUUCUGAACUGUGUUGGUAGUGUCUUGCAUUACAUCCAUGGCUCUUGACUGAGUUGAUUUGUGUUAUAUGUCAGAAUGUGGAACAGACUGAGUCAAGCUGCAGGACUGGGUCAAAAGGAACCUGAACAACAAGAGGCAGGAAAAUUUCCUAAUCAUGUGGAACUUCAAGAACAGCUUGAACAGCAACAAAUACUUGUUCAGCAAUUGAAAGACAUGCUUAGAGAAAAUGAAACACAUCUAAAAAACAAGGACAAAGAAGUGGAAGAAACAACAGCUAAGUUUCACAAGUUUAAACUUCAGGCUAAAGCCAAAAUAACACAGCUUUCUGCUCAGCUCAAAAGUCAUGAUCAGGAGAAAAAAACUGGACAAGAAAAGGGAGAUGCUGAACUAUAUGAAGUAUCCUCUUCAAUUCCUGAUCAUGGGGAUAAAGGUAAAGUUCUCAUGUUAAAGAAACAGCUGGAGGAGAGUCGAUAUAAGUAUGAACAACGAGAGAAAGAUGUUUCAGAAAAUCGUAACAUUCUAGAAAAAAUGAUAGAAGAUCUUCAAAACCAGCUUCAAGAAAGGGAUAGUAUUAUUCAAGAAAUGAAAAAGAAAGAAGGGGGAGAAAAUAUGUCAAAGAAGGAAGUGAACAAACAGGACAAUGUUUCUCCAACUAAAGAACAAAAUAUUGAUACCCAAGAGAUGUAUGCACAGCUACUGUACAAAGAUGCCAAAAUCGUAGAGCUCAACAACACUGUUCUUGAGAAAGAAUGCCAAAUAAUAGACCUGCAGGAACAUAUUAAGGAAAAGGAAGAGGUCUUACAGACUCGAAAUCGUGCCAUACAGUUGAUGACAGAAGAGAUGAGUAAGAGAGGGAAAACUGUCAUUGAUGAACUGGAUGAAACACGUGGACAGAUGAAAUCCAUGCAGGAAAAUUUUGUAAGCGUAGAGUCAGGGUGGAAGGAAGAAAAGGAAAAAUUUCAAAAAGAUUUACAAGAUCUGCAGGAAAAACAUGAGUUAGAAAAAAGUGAGAAAGAGAAAAAAAUUGCUGAGCUUGAGUCAAGCUUGAAGAAGCUAGAAUCGGUACGGUUUGAACUUGCAACCAAAAAUGCCCAACUCCAAGAAAAAGUUGUCUACAUGCAGGAAAAUUUGGAAAAAUGGAAAGAAACCCAACAAAAAAAAUAUGAAGAAGAACGAAAUAGUCUACACAGUGAACUUGAAGAAAAAAGUUCUCAAGUGGCAGACCUGAAGAAACUUCUAGAUGAAACCAAUAGUCAGACUGAGAGCAAGAUUUUGAAAGCCAGAGUUAAAGAGAGAAGCAAAAUAAAAGCUUUAGAAAGAUACAUUGAAGAAUUAAAAAAGGGAGAAGAAACAAGUAAAGAAUUAACACUCCAGGAACCUUUGGAAGGACUAGAAGACAAAGAUGCAGUAAACAAGGAAGAGUCAGAUCUAGAGCAAGAUCUUGCACAAGAAAACAAAAACCUUAUAAUCAAAUGCACUUCAUUAGAGGAAAAACAGCACCAGUUGUUGGACAAAAUUAGUAAUCUCCAGUCAAUUUCUAGUCAGUUCCAGGAUCAGCUAAAGCAAGAACAGGAGGCAAAACAGGCACUAGAACUUCAGUUUGAAGAGAUGAAAGAAAGUCUUCAUCAAAAUUUGGAACAGACAAUUAAGCUUUCUCAAGAAAAGGAGAGUAAACUAACUGAACUUGAAUCAUUCCUGGAGGUAUUAAAGCUAGAGAAAGAAGCACUGGAGACAAAAGUAAGGGAGAUUGAAGAACAGAAAACAGGUGGUGACCAAACAGUCCAUCAACUAAGAGAGAAGAUUGAUAACCUAUUGGAACAGAUAGAAGAUCAAAAGCAGUCAGUUCUAGAUGUGGAAAAAGAUCGAAAUAGAGCACAAGUAGAACUUGAGGAAUUAAAGAAUUCUUCUGAACUUGACAGAAGAAAAAUUCAAGACCUAGAGAAACACUUGGAAGCCACAAAAAAAGAAAUGAAUGAACUGUUAAAUCAUCAUAAGACUAUCCUAGAGGAGAAGGAAAGUCUACAAGAAAAACUAGAUGCUACAUUAAUGGAACUUAAUAUUACAAGACAGCAGGUUUCAGACACUGUACAUGAGUUGGAAAUAUCACAGCAUUCACAGAAGGAAAAUAAGGAUUCUCUUCUUGAUUUGAGAAGAGAACUUGAUAAAAGCUCAACUCGGCUAUCAGAGUUUUUCUCGAAAUGUGGAUUUCAGAGCAUUGAUGAAGCUAACUAUAGAUGGACUGAAGUUCAAGAAGAAUUGACUCGGUUGGAAAAUGAAGUGGAUGUAUUGAAAACAAAGAAGACGUCCCUUGAAGUUCAGAUGUCAGAUUUACUGGUUCAACAGUCACAAGCAGAAGAAUGUUUCAAAACAGAAAAAGAUCAGCUUAAGACAAAGCUGGAUGAACAAGAUAUGAAAUAUAAUCAGCUUCAUUUAGAAUUAUCAGAAAAGCAGAACAUGGUUGACAAGCUCUUGGAAGAGCUAAAAGAAAAGAAAAUGGAGAUCCAGGUUUUCUUAACCAAACAAGGAGAACAAGAUCAUAAACUUUCAGAAAUAACAGCUGAGGUUGAAAAACAAAAAGAGUUUUUAGAAAAUUUUCAAACAGAAUUAGAAAAUAAAGAUAUGAAAAUUAAAUCUAUCGAGUGUGAAAUUGACACUAAAAAUCAGUUGAAUUCAGAACUUACUCUUCAACUUAGUCAGGUAAAGAAAGAUCAUCAAAUUUUGCAGGAAUCGUAUUCAUCUGAAGGCAAGAAAAGUGAUUCCAAAGUUUCCUCCCUCAUGGAACAGAUAUGGGAUUUAGAAACUGAAGUUUCUCGUAUUCAAAAACAAUUAGAAGAGAAAGAUAAAAGUAUUGAAUCCUACAAAAAACAAGUGGAAGAUUCCAAACUUGAAAAGGAAAUUCAAAUGAAAGAUUAUGAACUGGAAAUUGAAAGUAACAAAAACAGAAUACAAAAUUUGGAAGAAGACAUAAAUUAUUUACAAAAUCAACUUUCUGGUUUUGUUGAUGCUGUAAAAUCUAAGGAUGAUGAAAUAAAUAAAAUCAUGAGAGAAUACGAAGAUCAGAAUAAAAGUAAUGUAGACCAGUUGCAGGAUUAUGAGUUUACAGUAAAAAAAUAUGAAGAAGAAAACUUGCGGUUGAGUAGCGAGAAAAAUUUCUUAGCUCGUCAACUUGAUGAAAGUAAUGAUAAAAUUCAAGAACUACAGCAGCUCAUAAAAGAAAGUGAUAAUUAUACCAAAAACUUGGAAGGUCAGAUUAAUCAGUCUGAUUCACAUCUUGCUUCAUUAAAUGAAAAGCUUAAAAAAUUACAAAAUGACAUUGAAGCAAAGAAUCAAGAAAUUAUAUCUUUAAAGAGAGGAAAUGAGGAGGCAAUUGAAUCACUGAAACAACAGUUAGUAAUAUGUUCCAAGGAAAAUAGCUCACUCAAAGAAAAUAGUCUAAAUCUCAAUUCAUCUUUAACAAAAUUACAAGAACAGGUGAACCAUCUCCAAGAUUAUAUUGCUGAAUUGAAGUCAUCUAAAGAAUCUGAUGCUUCAGAGUUGAGUUCUUUGAGAAACAAAUAUCAUGAGGUGCUACAAAAAAAUCAUGAAAUUCAGGAAGAUUUUAAUCAGCAAUACUCAAAAUUACAGAAAACUGAGCAUGAAAUGAAAGAAGCUUUGGUUUUAAAGAUACAAGAAGAAACUGAAGCUAGGUUACAAACAAAAAAUAGUGAAAUUACAUGUUUGAAAGAAAGCAUUCAGGAACAAGAAACUAUGAUAGAAGAACUGAAAAAAUGUAUAAAAUUAAAAGAACUAGAAGUUAGUGAAAUAACUCAAGACCAAGAAGAAAAACAUAAGGUACUGGAGAGUUUAGAACACGAUAAGGAAUUUUUGGAGAAUGCACUUCAGGAGAAAAAUUAGCUCUUUAACAUGCUACAGGCAACUGUUCAAAGUAUUGAGCAAGAAAACGUUCAGUUGAAGUCAGAAAUACAACAGUUAUCUCAGGAAGUUUUGACUGAAAAGAAACAAAAAAUGUUGGCUUUAGAAAAAGAAUCAGCAUUACAAAAAAAUAUAGAGCAACUAAACAGUGAAGUUCAAACACUUCGACACUCUUUACAGAAGACAUCAGAAAAUAUUCAAUGUCUAGAACCUUCUGUUGAAGAAAACAGAGUUUUAAAAGAUCAGAUAGAGCAACAAUUACAGGCAAAAUAUGAUGCAAUGUGUGCAGAGUUACAGGAAAAACUGACAGAAAUAGAGAAUCUUACAGUUGAAGUUCAUUGUUUAAACAACCAGCUUCAAGAAGCUAAAUCAGAAUCUAAGUGCAUGCAGGAAGAAUUUGACAAAUGCCAAAAAUGUGGAGAAACAACUCAAGAACAGCUUAAAGAAUGUCAAGAGAGACAUGAAGUGUUACUUAAAGAAAAUGCAUUACUCCAAGAAAGGACAAAUGAGAUGAAAGAAUCUAUGGAUCAAUUAUCAACAGAUUUACAAGAUUCUAAUGAAGUUAAAAAUUCUCUUCAACAGGAAGUUGAAAGACUGAACUUAGAAUUAUCUUUUAAUGAAAAACUGAAAUCUGAGUUUUCAAAAGCUGAAGCUCAUUCAAAACAAUUAAGUGAAUCAAAUAAUCAGCUACAGCUCAAAGUGGAAAACUUACAACAAGAACUUAAUGUUUUGUGCCUCAGCAAAGAAGAUUUACAGAGUGAAAUAAAAACUGUCAUAAAAGAUUAUGAAAAGCAAAUUGCUGAUCUAAGACAAAAAGAUGAAGAUAAUUUUAAUAUUGUUAAUGAAUUGAAUAAACAGCUGAAAGAAAAAGAGCAUCAUAGUGCUGCUGAUAAAAAACAAAUUGAAAGGCUUCAAUUUUUUGAAUCCGAGUAUCGUGAUUUAGCUGAAAAGUUUAAUGAAAUAGAGGAGACUUACAAGUUAGAAGUACAACAGAUACAAAAUGUUAAUAUAGAACUUAAAAAUCAUGCUCAUCAAUUGGAAGAAGAUAUCAAAUCAGUGACAGAAAAGUUGAAAGCAGAAGAAAGUGAAAACUCAAACUUUUUAACUGCCAUAGAAAAAGAAGUUUCUGAAAAAAAAUCCAUCCAAACACUUUUACAAGAAGCACAAAAGACUAUAUUAGUUUUAGAGAAUUCAGUUAACGACCUGCAAGAUGAAAAUUCAGAAGCAUUAAGGAAAACAACAGAGUUGGAAAAUAAAAACUUAAAUUUAGAAGAAAAAAUUGCAGAAAUGGAAAUAACAUUAGGGAAGUCAGAAGUGGAACUGACUACAACUCAUCAGCAGUUUGAGGAAGUUCAAAAUAGAAUGCUAGCCAUUCAGAAGGAAAAUUUCAUGCUGAAUUCUAAGUUUUCCUAUUAUCAGCAACUAACUGAAGAAAAAAGUGAGCUUGAGUUAGCCAUUCAUAAAAUUCAAGAUGAAAAACAACAGCUUCAUGAACAGAUUCAAAAAUAUGAAGAUGAACUAAGAUCAUUUGAGCACCUCGAUAAAAAACAGAAAGAUGAAUUGAACAACCUCAAGGCUAAAUUUGAAGAAAUUGAACUUAAUAUGCAACAAAAAAAUGAACAUAUACAUGUAUUACAGUGUGAUUCAAGUGAGAAUACACAAAAAUUAUCUUUAGAAUUAGAGUCUUGUCAUAAUCAGAUUCAAGAGCUACAAAUUCAAGUUCUUAAUAAAAGCCAAGAACUAGAAGAUGCUCAUCAGUAUGCUCAAGAAAAGGAUGAGAAAAUAAAAAGUGUGAAUGAUGAACUAGUUGUACUGCAAAAUAACUUAAGGGAAGCCGAAGAAUCAUUAAUUGUGUAUAGAAAAGAACUGGAAAGCCUUGGAAGUAGCAUAGUAGAUAAAGAUAGUGAGAUUUCCAAUUUAACUGAAAGGCUUGGUAUUGUAAAUACUGAGCUUAAUUCUGUCUUAGCUGAAGUGAGGACACUUUCUGCUAGAUUAACUGAAAAGGAGGAAGAGUACAAUGAACUAAACUUGAAACAUAAAGAAAAUCUUAAAAAAAUAGAAGCCCAAGAAGAAGAAAUAAAUAUUCUUCAUUCUAAGACAGAAAGUCUGGUGUUUGAACUUCAAGAUGCUCAGAACAGUCUGGAGCAUUCUGAAAAAUCAUACAGAGACUUAAAAAAGAUUCUCAGUGGUCAGGAAAAAACCAUCGGGGAUCUGGAAGACCAGUUAUCAAACCAAAUGGAGAAAAGUCACCAUCAAGAAGAUCAUAUGAAAAAAGUUAAAACUGAGUUGGAAUGUGCUCACAAUGAAAUUCAGAAAGAAAAAGAAUUGACAAAAGUGCAACAACUGCAAAUAUGUUCUUUAGGAGAAAAUAUUUUACAAUACCAAAUAGUUGCAAAUGAUCUUACCAUUGAGAAACAGAGGCUGGAACAAAAAUGUGAAACAUUGGUUUCUUUUCAGGAUAUGAAUUGUGCUCUUGAAAAUGAAUUAGAGUCUUUAAAGUGCAAACUUAAUGAAAGAACUGUCAAAGAAUUUGAAGGAAGCAAUGAAACAGAAGACCUUAGAAAAACACUGAAGCAAGCCAGGGAAGAAAUUGAAUCAAUGCGCAAAGAACGAGAUAAUUUGUCUUUAGAAAUGGAGGAAAUGAAAAAUACUCUCCAGAAGAAAAAUAAUGAGUUGCAAUAUAAAGAAGAAGAAGUCAACAAAUAUCUUGUAUCAAAUCAAGAACUGAACCAGAAAAUUGAAGGCUUUCAAACGUUAUCAAAAGAAGCUGAAUCACUUAAACUUGAGAUAGACAAUUUAUUAUUAGAUAAGAAAAUGCUGCAAUCUCUAGUGGAUGAACUCAAUGAUGAAAAACAAGAUUAUAAGGAACAUAAAGAUAAUUUGCAAAAGAAAGAAAUGGAAAAUGCAAUGCUUCACCAAAAAUUAGAAACGAAAGAAUUUCUCCUUGAUAAAUCGGAAGCAAAAAUGCACGAGUUAGAAGCAAAGAUUGAAAAAAUUCUUGGUGAAAAACAAUUUCUUGAGGAUGAAAAACAAAAAUUAAAAAUAAAGGUUAAGGAAAGUGAAGAAUUAUACAAGGAAGUAACAUCCAGUUUAAUUUUCGAAAAACCCAAAACGGAAGAAAAUUCUGCUUGCACUUGUGAGAAGGAAGAAGUUAUUCGAGGACUAGAAAAUCAGCUUAAAAGAGUUAAUGCUGAUUAUGAUGAGCUUAAAUAUUCUAUCCAGAAGGUGGAGACACAAACGGAAGAAAAAGAAUUAAAAUAUUUUUCUGAAGAAGAUACAAGUGAAAAAAAUGCUGUAAAUUUGAGCAAACAACAAGAUCUACAGAAUCAGGCUCUGAUCAAGGUUGAAGAAGAAAAAUGGCAAAAAUCUUCUGAUAAACCAGCUCGUGAGUCUGAUCCUGAAAUAGAUGUCUUUAAAAAAGAAAAUGAAAAUUUAAAACGUGAGCUAGAGUUAUCCAAAAUUAAAGCCAUGAAAAUGCUAACAAAACUUAAACAGUUUAAAGAUAAGAAUGAAAAACUGCAGAAAGAAGUAGAGAAUCUGUCAUCUAAGAUACAUGACAAAAUGCAAGUAAAAGCUCAUGAGAAUAAAAUUGAAGAAUGUCUGAAAAAUAAGGAAUAUAUUAUCAGUAAACUCCAGAAAGAAUUAGCCACAGAUUUAGAUAUUCAUAAAAAAACUAUCCAACAAAUGAAAAAUGAAAGGACCCUUCUUCAGGAAACAAAUGAUGAAUUUACUGUAAAACUAAAAUUUAUUAGGGAAAAAAUUGAAAUACUUCAAAAGAAUAUUGCAGAAUCUAAUCAACAAAACAAAGCUCUGCACCACACAGUAGAAGAAUUAGAAAAAGAGAAAGACAUGUUCCAAAACAAGUGUCUAAGUUUAGAAUCAAAGUAUUCAAAACUCACUGAUGAUUAUGAGGAGGAAAAGACUCUGAGAGAAAGUUUGCGACGUGAGUUACAUAACUUGAAAGAGCAUGAGCAGAUGUUAUCUUCUGAUAACGAAACCUAUCAACAAGUUCUUGAGGAAUUGAGAAGUUCAAAACAAAAUCUAGAAGAAGAGCUGAGAAUAGUUAAAGAAAUGCACUGCAGAUCCUUUAGAGAGUUAGAAGCAAGAUAUCAUGAUGAAUCUUUAAAGUUGAAAAACUUGGAGAGUACUUUGCAAGAACAAGAAGAUAUGUACCAGAAACUGUAUUCAGAUUAUGUUGAACUGAAAACUAAAUCUGAUGAAGCUGUAAUGGAAAACAGUAGUUUAAAAGAAAAAUUAAUAGAGUUUCAAAAUGAAACAGAUGGUGCUUUAUAUAUGAAAAAGUGUGUUGAAGAAGCUCUUUUAAAAAGUCAAAAUGAACUUGAAUCCCUGAAAAAAGUUCAAGCUAGCUUUGAUUGGGGUACAUCUGAAAAUGAUGACACAGAUAUUAUUCAAAUUGAAGUUGAAAAACUACAGAAAGGGAAAGAAAUCCAGAAGAAUCAACUUCAUGAGCUCCAUAAAGAAUGUGUUCAAAAGGCUUCAGAAGAAUCUGAAGAGUUAUGUAGAAGAAAUGAAGAAUUGAAUAACAAAGUAAUUUCCCUUCAAGAAGAACGGGAGCAGUUGUUGAAUGAGCUAAAUUGUACAAGAAACGAGCUUGACAAAAUGGUUUGGAGCAACACAGAAGAAAAACAGAAGCUUGAUUCUGAGAUUAAGGAAUUAAAGCUAAUGGUCAAUGAGUUCACAUGGAAGAAUGAAACCCUACAGCAGAAAGAUAAUUCUUCUCAGUAUAAGUGGAAAGACGGUCCUGGUGAACUUAACCAUGAGGUACUCCAAAAGCAAGUUCAAACUCUUCAGCAAGAACUUGAAUCAUCCAGAAAAGAGAACAUAGCUUUAUAUUCUGAAAAGGCUUAUCUUGAGGCAGCUUGCAAACAACUUCAGGAAACCAACCAUGAUUUACAGAAAAAUGAUAUGGGUGGCCUUGCUCAAAAACAGUCUUUAGAAACCCAGGAGAAACUACAACAGGAACUUCAACAAGCAAUGCAGAGUCUACAUCAACAGGGAUUAAAGACAGAAGUACUAAGUUUAAAAAUAAAUCAACUGUUAGAUGAAAAAAAUGGUUUACAGUAUCAGUUGAUACAGACUCAACAAGAUCUGCAAAGAAAAGAAAGAGAAUUAUCUGAAUUCCACAAGCUAAGCUUAUUAGGUCAACUUCAAGAACAUGAAUCAGCUCAAAGAAAAGUGAUGGAAUCAGUUGGAACACACCCUACGUCUUUUCAAGUAAGAAAAUCUGUCUUUUGAGUCGGUUGAAUCUUGGUCAUGCUUUGUUGUUGAAUUAAAAUUAUUUUUUUUUA